UGCCAUGCUACCAUGCUAUUUGAUACACUAGUAGCUUUAAGCACUUUAGUUACUUUUGCAAACAUGUUUACCAAGCUAAAUGAAGUGAAAAAAGUAACUAAUUUGGUGGUAUCCAAACAGGUGCUAAGAAGCUUCCCCUCGCCUACUAAUUGCUUCAAGCACGUUGUGUUACGUCAAAAAAUUGGGAGUAGGAUAAAGGAGGCACGGAAAAGAUUAGCUUUCAUUGCUGAAGAGAAGAGUCAAUUGGGUCUUAGAGUAGACAGUGGAGAGAGGGAGAGACUUGACAGUGAAGUAAGACGGGGUGAGAGGAGAGAGCGAGAGACAAGCUCCCUACUCGACCAACCGUCAAUUGUAGGCAGAGAAAAUGACAAAAAUGAAGUCCUAGACUUGCUGCUGAGGGAGAGAAGUGGAGAGGUAAAUGAGGUGCCCGUUGUCAUUUCUAUUGUUGGAAUGGGGGGCUUGGGCAAAACUACCCUUUCACAGCUCAUCUACAACGAUGAGGAUGUGAAGGGGCAUUUCCACACGAGAAUGUGGGUGUGUGUUUCAGAAAAUUUUGAUGUGAAAAAGAUAACGAAAUCAAUAAUAGAAUCUGCAACUGGGUCUAGUUGUGACCCACUAGACCUGGACCAGUUGCAACAUCGCCUUCGUGAAAUCUUACAUGCAAAGCGGUUCUUGCUAGUGCUUGACGACAUUUGGAGUGAAGAUAGUGAGAAGUGGGACAAACUGAGACUUCCCUUCCAAGCCAGUGCAUUACAGAGUCGAAUCAUUAUAACCACUCGCAGUGAAAAGGUUGCAUUGGCGAUGGGAAACACCCACAUGUACAAACUAGCAGUUUUAUCUGAAGAUGAUUGCUGGUUAUUGUUCAGCCGUAGAGCGCUCAAGCAUCGGAGUGCAGAAGAGUGUUUGGAGUUGGAAGAUAUUGGAAGGGAAAUAGUAAAGAAGUGUGGAGGGCUGCCUCUUGCAGCAAAGACAAUGGGGAGUGCCAUGCGCUCGAGAAGGACAAGAAGCCAGUGGGAACUUGUCUUGGGAAGCCAGAUAUGGAACUCUGCUGAUAUCUUGGAAGGCAUUUUACCAGCUUUAUUACUAAGCUACUAUGAUUUGCCUCCUACUCUAAAGCAGUGCUUCACCUUUUGCUCUGUUUUCCCAAAAGAUUGGUGGAUCAACAGGGAUGUGAUAGUCAAGUUAUGGGUGGCCCAAGGUUUCAUUCGCUCCGAAAUAAGUGGAGAAAUGGAGGAGAUCAGCAAACUGUAUUUUGAUGAUUUGUUAAGGCGCUCCUUACUCCAAGAUGCAGAAAUGGAUAGUGAUGGUAACAUAUUCAGGUGCAAGAUGCAUGAUUUAGUUCAUGAUCUUGCGCAAUUUGUUGCAGGAAGUGACUAUUCAGUGGUGGAGAUCAGAAAGCAAGCCUCGUUGAACCUAAACAAUGUUCGCCAUUCCUUUUUAAUUCUCAGCGAUGAAGUUCAUGAUGAAGCUGAUGAAGUGGCUUCCAUCUUACAUAAGGCCCACAAGCUGCGGACGUUCCUACUCCACUCAAGCAUCACCAGGGUUCCAUACAAUUUCUUUCAUCAUUUGAGAUGCCUUAGGGCAUUGGACUUGAGUCGAACUCGCCUUAAGAAAUUGCCUCAAUCAGUAGAACAGUUGAAACACUUGAGGUAUCUUGAUUUAUCUUACACACACAUAGAGGAGUUGCCAGAGGGGGUUAGUAAUUGCAGAAAUUUACAGACCUUGAGACUCAAUGCCUGUGCUAGGCUAUGUAAACUGCCUAGAGGGAUGGGGAAAAUGAUUUGCAUGAGACAUCUAGAAUUAGAAGACACCCACAUGCUGAAGUUCUUACAGCAGGGUAUAGGGAGACUAGCUGAGCUUCGGACGUUAACAGAUUUCAUUGUGGGGGGUGGCGAUGAGGGAUGUAAAUGCGGAGAACUGAAAAACCUCAACCAUCUUCAAGGAAGACUUCAAAUUACUGGCUUGGAAAAUGUCAGGAGCACAGACGAAGCUCGUGAGGCAGAACUGUAUAAGAAGCAGCACCUUCAUGCUCUAAUCUUGGACUACGACUCGAUAUGUGGACUGUUGGAUGAAGAGGUGAAGAGGAUGGAGGAUGUGCUUGAAAUCCUCCAGCCCAACACAAACUUGAAAGAGUUUGAAAUAUGGAAUUACGAAGGUUCCAAGCUUCCCAGUUGGAUAGAGGAUCCCGUGUUCUCUAAUCUAGUCAAGGUGAAUCUCAUGAAUUGUUGGAAGUGUAAAAAACUGCCAGGUCUUGGGAAACUGCCAUCCCUUAAAUGCCUUAUAAUUGAGGGAAUGGAAGAGGUGAGAUACAUGGGUGAUGAGUUUAGUGGGGUUGAUAACUGUAAUGGGAGUGGACGUGAUGUCUCAUUCCCGAAGCUGGAGAUCCUCAUCUUCUUCCAUAUGCCAAAUUGGGAGGAGUGGGAAUUGAAAGGUGGAGAUGGAGAGGUUAUGCCAUCUCUCCUCCAAUUAGAAAUACGUGAUUGCCCGAAGCUAAAGGCGUUGCCCCACAACCUUCCACCGCUCCUUCGGAAGCUGGCUUUAAACAUAACUAAUGAUGGGAUGUCGUCGGAAGGGCCCUUACCUGUCCUCCCCAACCUCAAUCAUUUGGUGAUAUGGUACAGUCCUGAGCUGACAUCGUUCCCUUGUGGUUGGUUGGGACAACUCAAAGCCCUCCAAACUCUGGAAAUCUAUAGGUGUCCAAUGUUGGGGUCUCUCCCAGAGGAGUUGCAACACCUCACCAUGCUUCGAGAAUUGAAGAUCACAUGCUGUCCACUGUUAGUAGAUCGCUGCCGAGACGGAGGAGAAGAUUGGGAUAACAUUGCCCACAUCCCUUGUAUCAAAAUUUGUACUUGAAUGAUCCGCCUCAAUAAGUGCAAGUGGAGAGGAAAUCAGCGAAAACUUUUCUUUUGCUUUUGUUUCGAGGAAUUGUAUUGCUUAUAUGUUUAAUUGGUGUACUUCUUUUAGUAUUUUCUUUUGUUCCUGCUUUUUUUCA